AUGUCAACAUCGUCUCUCUCUGGCUGGUCCCUCGCAGAUUCAAACACCGAUGCUUCAUCUGACUUUUCGGACGUCUCAUACGAGGAAGACGAGUUGGUAGAAGACUUCGAAGACUUAGUGGGCGACGACAAGUGCCCUUCGUUCGAUCAGCAUGCACCUCACGCUGCCCGUCACGCUGAGCCACGUAUUCGUGACAAAUUAUCACUUGGCCUGCCACGCUCUUCGUUACCUUCCCCACGCAAGCACGUCCCUGCUCGCUCAGAACCUUCGGAGGCACGGAGACAGGCUCGCAAGGCGGAGGAACUUGAAGCAGUUGCCGAGGAGCUUCAGCGAAGAGAGUACCGCAUCCGGUUAGAGCGCUUGAAGAAGGAGGAACAUGUUCGGGCUUUGACGUGCGAGCGGGUCCGCAGGUUUCGUCAACAGAAGAAGGCUACUAAGGAAAACUGCCGUCCCAAAGCUUCCAUGCUCGAUGAUCUCGGCCGCACCCAGGAGCCGCAGCUUGGUCCGGCGACUGCCCAAGUCUCCCGCCCAUACCGACAUUUCAAAAUCGAUGCAAGUGCGGAUCUCAGCAAACGCGGUCGUAAGCGUACUCGUGCGGAUAGCGAUGCGAGGAAGAUCAACUGCACAAAUCAACUUCUCUUCGAGCAAAUUUGUAGCGCGGCUCGCGAUUGUGGCCCUUGGAUGCGCCCGGCGGAGAUCGUGAAGUGCUUACAGCGUCGCAACCCACGCGAUUUUGCGGCGUUGACCCCUCAAGUGCUCGGGCGGUAUAUUGAACGACCACUUGAUUCUUUCCCCCACUGGCGUCCGGAGGUUCUGCGUCGCGUUGAGGCUCGCGGUGGUAUGCGGCCAGGAGUUCAAUCCCACCAUUGCGGUGUUCUUUCCACUCACCCGGAAGUCGUCGACGAAAUACUCCAACAGCUCAUAGCCAUUCGUGAGGCUGGUAUCAUGAUCACAGUCGACAAUGCUCGCGGCAUCAUACUAGGCAUCAUACAACACCGCGCUCCUCAGCUGCUCGAGCAGGUUCUCAGCGACGGCAGUCGCUUCGUCUGCUCGGACGCCUACGUUCGGCGCUUCUUGUACCAGCAUCUUCGUUGGGUUCCACGCAAGAGCACGCGCGCGCAGAAGACUCCUGAGAAUGCCGACAACAUUCUCUGGGAGCUCUUUAUUCGUCUUGUCGUGUCUCUCCGUGAUGCCGGGAUUCGUCAUGGUGGACUCUACGUCAACUUCGACCAGACACAAGUUGUUAUCGCCGAUCCUUCCACUCGUACAUUUGCCCGCGAGGGUAACCGUCAAGUCAGUACUGUCAAUAAGGAGGAGAAGCGCGCCUGGACAGCCGUUGUCGGUGUUGCAUCGGAUGGGUCGGUCUCGCCGACACAGGUCAUUAUGAAAGGCUCUUCGCCGCGUUCUCUCCCCUCCCAAAAUGCACCACACCGCGACGAUGCGCUCGCUAUCGGCCUACGCUUCGACCUCAAUCCCACCAACUACUGGUCAAGUGCACCCUUGAUGGAGGUUUACUUUGAACACGUCAUCGUCCCAUUCUUCGAGGGAAACAAGGCUGCCCAUGGUCUCGGGAGUUCAGGACUCUUGUUCGCCGUCGUUGGCCUUGGAUUCGGCUACGCUAUGUCCCAGCUGGCGAUACGGCAGGGUCAGCAGCAACACAUCAUCAGCGAGACCCUGCAGCACCUUCGCUCUGGUGCUGUUGCGACGGCUAUUCGUUUAGACAAUCGCAUUGGUACCCUUCGCGACCGCGCUGUAUCUUGGUUCACCGAUGCCUGGCACAGCAUCAAUCAACCGUCACUCGUCAAGAAUGCCUUCGAGAAGUGUGCUGUGCGCGGUGGCUUCAAUCUAUCGUUUGAGUCUCUGACAAGCCCGGCGGCUCUCAAAGCCGUACGUGACCUCCCGCGCUCGGAUCCAGCGCUAUGGGCAAAGAUCUCGGCGGACUAUGCUCGGAGCACUGGCGAGGACUCCGACGAUGAGUUGUCUGGCAUGCCCGACCUCGUCGAAGAGUCUGAGCUGUCCGAUGCCUCGGUAUCGGAUGGCGAGAACGAGUCAACGGUUGUAUAUGACGAUCAAGUUGACUUGGGCGACGACUCGGGCAUGGAGCCUGCUGACCUCAUGGCGCACAUCUUCGCACCGCGCGAGCAGUCCGACACUACGCCCGCGGUCGGUCAAGGUCUCGCAGACGGUUUGGUGUCUGAUUCGGAGCACCCAGUUGUGCAGAGUGACGAGGAGCAGAUGGGCCGUGGUAAGCGCCGCAAGGUCGCCAACAAGCAGUACAAGGACUACGGCAUGCAUUAG